GGAAAAUUGAGAAGAAAACUGACAAAAGUCACAAAAGUAAUUUUUUGUUUUGUUUGAUUGUUUGUUCGUUAUGGCGGCAAUUCAUAUCAUACAAAGUAGCCUUAGUAAUAAAUCCAGCGAUAAAAACAGCAAAAUCCAAAGCAUCCCUUGUAAAAUACUAGCAGAUUGUGAUGCAAACGUUAAACAAUAUUUUGAUGAUUGUACAACUGCUAAGGAAGAUGGGAGUCUGACUGCUUCUUUCAGAGGGUAUCCUCUUGAAGGCCAAAAAGUUAAUUUACCGGAAGGAUACAAAGUAAUUGUUUUGAAUGAGAAUGUCAAGCCUGAGACAGAGAGUGAUGAAAGAAAAUUUUAUGUAGUCAACCAGUUUUCAGACAUCUUUUCCUGGAAUUGGGAUAGGAAGCCCAGCAAAAACGAUGCCAUAAUUCAAGCAUUGCAAUGGAUAGAUGUGGCUGAAGCUGUGAGUAGAAGUUGUAAUGCUUGGUUCAGCAACAUCAGCAAGUUUUUCUGUUUUAGCUACACAGUACUGUUGAAACUGUUGAGGGAGAUAAAAUUGAGAAUGGAAAAAUGA